AUGCACAUGUCAGGAUCAACAUCAACUGCGAUCCAGUUCGUGCCAAUUUUCAUCCUGAACGCAAUAUUCAAGGGUCGAGUGAAGCUGAUUCUGUUGACGAACGAAUCCUAUUUGCCUUCCUUCAUCUUCGGCGCUCUACUGGGGCCGUUUACCACAAAUAUGAUAAAUCUGGGCCGAUGGAGCAAUGGAGGGGAUGGAGAAGAUAUCGGAGAAAUCGCCUACGCGUUGUCGCGCAUGGUGCUUGGUAUUCAAAUGAUCAAAGUCGGCUAUGAGCUGCCGAAGCGAUAUUUACGCCGACGAUUGGUUGAGCUAACAAUCUGCCUUCUGCCUUUAAUGGCGGUGCAGUGGCUGGCAACAUCUACAUGCAUCAAGUUGAUAAUACCUCACAUGUCUUUCUUGACAGCAUGUAUCAUCGGAUCUUGCGUCAUCUGUAUAGAUCCCGUCUUGUCGCAAGCGAUUGCAAAAGGACCAUUCGCCGAUAAAUAUGUUCGGCGCCACCUUCGAGAGUUCAUCUCAGCCGAAGCAGGCGGAAAUGACGGAUUUGGCUUCCCAUUCCUUUUGCUCUCAAUUGCAUUGCUACGGUAUGACGAUGGUCCGACGAGCGGUGCAGGGUCAAGGAGACGUGAUUGGAUUGGAGAGACCGAUACGGGUCGCUUUGGCGGAAACAUUGGUCGUGCAUUGGCACAUUGGGCUGUGGAAGGGGUUUUGUACAUGAUCAUGAUGGGAUCAGGAUAUGGCUUGUUUGUCGGAUUUGUCGGUCGCAAGGGCCUGAAUUUGGCUUCAAGGAAGCGGUGGAUCGACAAGGAGAACUUCUUCCUGUUUCCAGUUGCUCUCGGGUUAUUUCUAGUCGGUACUUGUGGCUGCUUUGGCACGGACGAGACCCUGGCUUGUUUUAUUGCUGGAUGCACCUUGAACUGGGAUGGCUGGUACCAUUCGGAAGUCGAAGCGCGACAUGAUUCAUUCAACUCAUCUAUGGAAACGGUAUUAAAUUUUGGGACCUUCAUCUUUCUCGGGGCCGUCAUGCCAUGGGACCAACUCCACCUGCCCCAUAUCACUGGGAUUACAAUUGCACGAUUGGUCGCACUGGGGAUCUUAAUAGUGCUGUUCCGGCGAAUUCCCGCCAUAAUGCUGGGUUAUCGCUUUAUGCCCAAGGUCUGCGAUAAUUGGAAGGAAGCUCUGUUCAUGGGUUAUUUUGCUCCAAUAGGUAUAGGGGCAGUCUCCUAUGUCGAAUAUGCUCGUCGAUUGCUCCCCGAUCCCGGGGAAAGUGAUCCUGAGAUCAAUCACUUGACGGCAGUUAUGAUUCCCGUCGUCUACUGGCUCGUCUUCUUCUCAAUCGUCAUCCACGGUCUCUCCAUCCCAGUGUUGAAUGCUAUCUACAAGUGGCUCCAGGUUCCUAUUAUUCGCGAUCACCCCGUGGAGAUCCAGCUCCUCUCGGAUAAUGAGCCCAUACCCAAUAAUAGCGUUGUGAACCGGCAAUCCCAUCAUGUCACUGUCAACAAUCGCUUUUCUUGCAUCGCUAGUCACACCGGUGGGUCGGGACUAAGCGAUCCUCCGCAAGCACAGUCAGACAUGAUCACCACGAUUUCACGAUCCAGUGGGCAAUACCAAUACGCCCAUUCGUUAGCCGGGAGCCCAACAAAGGGAUUGUCGCACCAGGAUGAGCAGGUCUCCGCUCGGGAAGUGGUUUGA